AUGACAAAUUUCAAUUCCACAAUGGAGAAAAUAGAAGGAGAUUUACGAAUACUCGUCUUCAUGGAUCAACCACAGCAACUUCAUCGUCUCAGAGAACAGCUUACGAAGUGCUGUGACAACCAAGGAGAUCGGAAGUGGAAAUGGAUCACAUCUGUUAGUCUGUUUGCACGCAAAAUUAGCUUCAUACGUUCAGUAAAGUUCCCGCCACAUUCCAGUGAAUACUAUGCAGCUAAACAUCCCAUUUUGCUGCCCAUAUCGCUCCUUACGGACUUGGUUAUCACGGAGAGGAAUCUCAGCGUACAUCACUCCGCCCACGCAUUGUUGCUAAUCAAGUUGCGGCAACUAUUCGGACCCAUUGGAGAGCACACAGCUACAAUGAAGGUUUAUCUCCAAUGCCAUAGUUAUUUCUGUGCAAAUCCGCAGUCUCUUCAGCAACUUGUGGCGGACUUAUUCUCCUGCAAAUUCUAUCUCAAGGGAACAGUCACGAGAACACCUCAUCCUGUACAAGAAACCGGCGUGGGUCUUGCAAUGUACCAACCUUCCCCACCCCGGGGAGCAUCUCAUAAACAACUCUGCCUACCAAACACGGUACAUUUGGAAUUCGCCACAAAUCUGUCUACCGAGGCUCUAUUUGCGAACUUCCGCUUCUUUACUGCAAGACGAACAACUCCACGGCACAUUUACUCAAACUGCGUGAAGAAUUUUGUUGGUGCCGCAAGAGAAUUUGCUGUAUUUCUGCAGCAAGAAGAUUUCCAGCAAGAUAUUACCACUGAAGCCAGCCAGCAUGGAGUUAUUUGGCAUCUUAACCCUCCAAUUGCCGCCCACCAUGGUGGUCUUUGGGAGGCCUGGGUGAAUUCUCAUCUCCAUCGAAUCGCUCAGCACAUUUCAUUGCCUUUCGAGGAGAUUUGUGCUAUGUUGUGCCAAAUAGAAGCGAUAAUCCACCGUCAUUCAAUCGGAAUUAUGUUCCAUAAUGCAAGCGAACCGUCAUGCUUCAUCCCUGUGCAUUUCACUCGAAAGAUGCCUGGACGAGCUCUUCCUGAUCCUGACUUACGACAUAUCCAGAAGAAUCGCCUGUGGCAAGUGUGUCUGCAAGAUUUCCAGGAGUUCGGUAAGAAAUUCAGACUCUUCUACCUCGAUACAUUACUUCAGCGAAGCCAAGAAGGAAUGUACACUUGUCCUAUCACGAGGAUAGCGCGUCUGCCCACGAAAGAGUUCAACAGUUUGCGCUCUGAGACGUCGGAUGACCCCCCAGAGCACCCCGGGGAGCAUGUACAACAUCCGUUGUAA